AUCACUUCAACUCACUAUCACCCGGAGACGGAGACACGCGCACCGACCGGACACACCGGAACACCGGCGAGCACCUGCCGAACACCCGAACACCCGCACCGGUGUGAGCUCACAGAGACAAAAAGAUAAUAGCACGAAAACACAGACUGAACAGAAAACAGACAGAACAGCAAGUUAAAAGUUUAAGCUUUAUACUCACAUAUAGGGGGAAAACAACAGUAAAACUAUAGAUUCUGAGAGACUUUGCUUUAAACACUGAAAUCCUAUAGAGAGAGAGAGAGAGAGAGAGAGAGAGAGAGAGAGAGAGAGAGAGAGAGAGAGAGUGAGAGAGUUUAUAGUCAUGAUGUCGUACAUGAAACAGCCUCAUUACUCCGUCAACGGGUUGACUCUGUCCGGUACCGGGAUGGAUCUCCUGCACUCUGCUGUCGGUUACCCCAACACGCCGCGCAAACAGCGGCGCGAGAGGACGACAUUCACGCGUGCGCAGCUCGACAUCCUCGAGGCGCUGUUCGCCAAGACGCGAUACCCAGAUAUCUUCAUGAGAGAAGAGGUGGCGCUCAAGAUCAACCUGCCCGAGUCCAGAGUCCAGGUGUGGUUUAAAAACCGUCGCGCUAAGUGCCGUCAACAGCAGCAGCAGCAGACCAGUGGCCAGACCAAACCCAGACCACCGAAGAAGAAGUCUUCGCCCGCAAGAGAGCCCAGCGCCAGCGAGGCCAGCGGCAGCACUAACGGGCCGUACAGCCCACCACCGCCACCUCCGGGCACAGCCAUCACCCCGAGCUCAAGCAGCACCAGCGCCACAGUCUCCAUCUGGAGCCCGGCGUCCAUCUCGCCAUUGCCGGACCCGCUGUCGGUGUCCAGCACGCCCUGCCUGCAGCGCACCAGCGCCUACCCCAUGACCUACACCCAGGCGCCGGCCUACAGUCAGGGCUACGCCAGCUCAUCCUAUUUCACAGGGCUAGACUGCAGCUCGUACCUGUCUCCCAUGCACCCACAGCUGUCCGCCACAGGGGGCGCUCUCAGCCCCAUCACCGCCUCCUCUAUGGGCGGACCGCUCAGUCAGUCGCCCGCGUCUUUGUCGUCUCAGGGCUACACCGCCGCGUCUCUGGGCUUCGGCGCCGUCGACUGCUUAGACUACAAAGACCAGACGGCAUCCUGGAAACUGAACUUCAACACCGCCGAUUGUCUGGACUACAAGGACCAGAACUCGUGGAAGUUUCAGGUCCUGUAGGGGGCGCUUCAGAAGGGAACGAUAGCUGGACAUCAGUGUGAUCAUCUAAUAUCCAUACUGAGCGUAAAUUUGAUUCAUCUGCUGAAGUUAUACAGAGAUAUCAGAGCCACUGUGAAUGUGAGAAACAUGCUGAUGGAUAGAAAUACUGCAAAUGACACCGAAUGUCACGUAUAGACGUAUAGAAAAUGUAAAUAAACCGAUGGAAUCUAAAGUACUGUAUGUGGUGCAGUCUUUAUUCCUGGACUUCAAAAGGGUUUAAACUCUGUUGAAUUUCAGUAUAUGACAUAAUAUUGACUUUCAACCUUAAUUAUUUAUGAAUAAAAUUUAAUGAUGUGUAGUUGGCAGAUGAUAGAUAAAUGAAUAGUGUAUUUAAAAGCUUUGAUGUUGCACUGACUGAUAAUACUGCAGUGCUCUCCAUUGCAAGUGAUAUUAAACACUGAUUUUAAAAGACAAUCAUCAAUUUCAAGCUACGUCUUAUCGUUGUAGGAGGUGUCAAUAUGGUAGAUGAUGGUUCCUGUAUUCUUUUACAUUUGUAAAUAAGCUGUUUUUGAUAAGAGCCAAAUGGUGAGACACAAAAGUUUCUGGACAGCCGCUGUUUUUCUAAAGACACUAUAAAUGAUGCUGUUCUUUUGUGUCUUAGUUUGAAUCGUUCGGGUGGAGCUGAACUCUUGCUCCUUUAUUGUGAAUUUGAUUUCAUGUGAAACGAGUGUCCACAGAACACCAGACGAGACGUCUACGAAUAUAUCACUACAGUUUGUGUCUGUCAGAUUUGUCAUGAAUUAACAGCUAAAGAUGAUUUUUCAUUUCUGUUUUAUAUGUUACUUUAAUUGAUAUUAAUAUUAGAUAGUUCUGGUCAUUGUUUUGAAAUUGUAAUGUCAUUGUUGUCAGUGUUAUAAAGAUGAAUUUGUUCUGUCAUUUAUAAAAAUCUGCAUCUAAACUGAGUUACACGAGUGACAGAUUGGAUGAAAAGCAUCAAACAAUCCAUGUUUUCUGUCUGUUUCUUUGUAAUUAUUAAACAUGAAAUGAGUUACAUGGAAUCAAAGGACAAACUCUUUCUCUCUCAAUGCCUACAAUCAUCUUGUUUUCUCAAACUCAGGGGUUUCAUGAACAGAUGCAGUUUUUAUGCUGUUAUUCUGUUUAUGUCUGUUUGGAAACAUCAUCAUUUUAGUUUUUAAAUCAACACUUUUCUGAUGUCAUAUGCUGUCUUUAUUUGUAAUGUCAUGUUGUGUUUGCAUUCAGAUUCUUGUAGUGACACUAUUCAAAAUAAACUAUAUUUUCUUUCUGUACAUGCAGAACAAAGUACAUUUUGUUGCUUGU